ACAAAGAGGAAAAGAACCACAGAGAGAGAGAACGCGCUCGCGUAGUGUCGCAGGCUUCAGAGGCCUCAGAGAAACAGUUGCGGCCGCGCACAACGGUGUUCCACGGAGGUCUCUCAGCGCCAGCGGACGAGGCUGAGUUCUCUGUCUUUUACGCGGAGUGGGUUUGCGGCUUUUUAUCCGCAGAAAGACACAAGGGCUGCGGCGAGAAAAGGGGGCAUUUUCGUCAGGAAAAAUGGAAAACGGGUGAAGCGCUUCGCUGUUUUCAUGGCGAACGUCGAAGCCGCACCCGCAUCGCUCGAUAUUAGCACAACGUGGAAGAAGGUAGCGCGCGAGAAACUGGCGACCGUUCUCAACGCAGCGACAGAGGAAACGCGCGAGUCUUUCUUCAGGAGAUUGAGCAAAGGUUUCUCGCGUUCUUUCUUCACCGCUGCUUCUGUCUCUCUUGCAGUCGCUGCGAAGCCUUUUCAGUCUCCUUCCGCGCGUCUGCUUCUCUUCUUCUCGUCUCUGAGGACGCGGAGCUCUCUCCCUGUGUUGUCUUGCUUGGCCAGGAUGUCAGGUCCUGCAGUCUCCUCGGCCUCGGUGCCUCAACAGGCGGUCUCCUGGAACUUCUUGGCUUACCUGUUGACUUUUGGUGUGUUGGUCGUCCAGCAGAUGGGCCUGCUCUACUACCUCGCGAACUACUCGCUCGCGCUGCUCGCGCUCGGCGCCUUCGACGUCUUCGUCCUGCUCUCCUUCCUGUCGAACAGCAGCGCAGACUUGGCAGCGCUGAAAGGCUCGACCUGCUGGGUGCUCUACGACUGGGCGCUGACGGUCAAGAUCGUGGUGUUCUUCUUCGUCGUCUUCGGAUCUGAUCACUUGGUCGAAGGCUUUCUCUUCGAUGGACCGCACGGGACCGUCGUCGAGGUUUCGCUUCUUGUGGUCCUUGCAUGCGCCGUCUACGCGCUCCUCGGCUUCCGCGCGAUGGAGCAGCUCGUUGGGGGCGUCUCGCAGAUCUCCACCGAGGCCAUGCUGCUCACCGAUUGCAUCACUCACGUCGUCCUCGACUUCAUCGACCUCACCGCUGCCUUCUUCACCUACUCAGCCUGUCCGCUGGCCAUCAGUCAACAAACGUCUUGGCUGCGCCUCGUCGUCGGCAUCGUCAUCUCUCUCGCGUUCUUCCUGCAUGCGUACUCCUUCCCCUCCGUCGGGGCGCGCUCUCCUCUCCUGCAGAGACAGGAAGAACGCUUCCAGAAAGACACCGGAGACAUCUUCAUGAGCAGAAAACAUGCUGCGCUCCUCGGAGUCUGCGUCGUCGACCUGCCGCUCGCUGCUGUGCGACUCUUCACCUGGGCGUACUAUCCCACCUACGAAGGUUUCUCGCCUUUUCUGCUGAAGAACAUUUGUUUCAUCCCUCUGCAAUGCAGUCGUAUCCGGCAUGCAUCGCUAGCCGCGCACCUGAAGGCGAAGCGUCAACACAAGCUCCAGCUUCACUCCAUUCUCGCCAGCCGCGAGGCGACGAAUCCGUCUGCGACGACUUCUGCAGUGAAAGUGCAGCAACAGCAACUACAGAAGUCCGUCGCCGCGAUGGAGGUGAGAGACGGAGCUGCUGGCGCAGGUCCCGCAGCUGCUGGGCGGCCUCUUGGCGACCGAGAAUUCGCAAAAGUGGACAGGUCAGAUGCAAUCGUUGGAAUCCAGCAAACGGGCGCUGCAGGUGGACAGGCUGGUCGCGAACUGGGCGCCGAGACAGGCGGAAACGCCGGAAAAAAAGGUCGAGCAAGAAAACGCGACGACGUUUCUCGACAGUCGUGUUGCUCCGGACUUCUGCAUGCGCUGUGCUGCUGUCUGCCGUGCGGUGGGGCAAAAGGGCCGUCGUUUCUCGACGAAAUUGACCUGGAUGACGACAGUGCAAUGACCGAGGAAGAGCGCAUGCUCGCGAGACUGGCGGAACUGUGUCGCACUGCAAGCGGAAAGACACGCAGAUUGCCAGUCAAAGGAUUCGCUUUCAAGAGAGUCAUUCAGAAACUCUACUUCUCGUAUAAGGUCGGAGGCAGACUGGGCGUCGCCGCGCUUCUCGACAAUGCUUUGAAAGUGACUUUCUGGAAAGAACUGCGAAUCGCAAUCCCCUUCAUCGCCACCUGGAUUUGCCAAAUAGCCAUCGUCGCCUGUCUCUUCUUCUUCUACAACGAUUCGCCAGUGUUUCCGAUUCAGAUGUUUUCCCUUAAGGCAGUGGCCGAGCAUCCGUGGCCAUGGAGUGAAAUUCCUGUCGAGUUGCAAGUGUGCUUCAUCAUCAUUUGUGGUCACUUUCUGAUGCUGCUUUUCUGUUGGUUUCUCUCGGCGCCUCUCCUGGACGUUCUCUUUGUCUCGUUCUUCGGAUCUCUCAAGCUGCUCUCCUUCUUCCUCAUGGUCCUCACGUUCCGGGACUUCGGCGUCUUCAACAGCAUCUUCAACCUGCAUCUCUACGUGAUGGACUUUGGCCGAUACGCCAUCUUCAUCUUCACACUCGUGCCUAUGAUCGGCGUCCUCUACACCCUCUACCCAGUGCUGUGUGUGAUGCUCGGGAGACAGUACAUUACUUACAUCAUCCCACCUCCCCGAAUCGGAAAAUAUCGUCGAGGGCAGACGGUUCUGGAUGCUGGGCGGCCAGGCGGCGAAGCGGACUUUGCGCAGCUGGAGACACACCCCCGAGGCGACGAAGCAGGAGUCGUGGCAACCGUCUGCCUCAUGGUGUUCCUCAAUUGCUCUCACAUGCUCGCUCCCAUCUCGAUGAACCAACUUCUUGUGGGUCCGAACAUGAUCAAAGCAGUCAGGCUCAACGACGGACUGCUUCGCGUGCACUGGAGACAACUCCUCCUCACUCUUUUGCUGCGACUCUGGUGUUUCAUUCUCUACCUGACGUUUCCCAAUAGCAUCACCUACAGCAAAGACCCUGGCGCAAUUGAGAGGGUUUUGGAGCAUUACAUCUGUCCAGGAGGCGCGUGGUACGAGCGAUUCUCCUUCGCCUCGAUCGUCUUUCUCGCCCACAUCGUCCUCACGUUUUUUUACAUGAUUUUCUCGCAAAUCUGUCGCCUCCUUGCUCUGCGCCGCUUCGAAAAUAAAGCCAUGUUCAAGGACCUCGCUCUCCUCUGGAUGCAGAGACAAGAGGAAAAGCUCAACGAGCUCGCCCUCGUAGCAGCGACAGGGCGCUCGUCCAUUUCUUCCACGUCUCCGUCGACUCGACACGCAGGAACUCGCGAGGUUCGCAUGAUUGCGGAGAAAUACUUUGCUCACUGCUUCCACACCUGUCCAGGUGACUUUUUACCUGGAUUUUUUUAGCCGUCUCGCGUGCACACUUGUUCCUUAUUGAAAAAAUGCGGAGAAUUUACGACUGGUUCCCCCCGCUCUCCAGAGAUUGGCGCGUCGUUCCCAGUCUCUCGGGUCGCUCGGUGUCAUCCGCUGGAGUGUGCUUCAUCUUUCCGUGGUUUCUGUUUCCGUCUUUUCGUUUCCACCAUUUCGUUUCGGACCGUCGUCGUCCUUCGAAAGCAUCUGGUUUGAGGCGUGCGUCUCGCCACUUUGUUCUCGGUUCCUUCUUCUUUUCAACAAGGAACCGUUCCACAGUUCAUUCCAAUCCGUCGUCUCUCUCGCUCAGCAGUUCGGUUUCCUUCUCUCACUCUUCACAGUCUCUCUUUCUGACUCUGUCUCUCUUCUGCCGUUCCCGUCUCGUUUUCUCGUCGAGUCUCGGCACUCUGUGGCUGUGUCGAUGGGAGGAGAGCGAAGACUGGUUCUUCGCAGCUCACAAAAAGGUUCUUUUCCGGCCGGAGGGAGACUCCUGCGAUGGUGGUCACUUUUCAAGGUUGGUCUUUUCGAUUUUUCCUACGCCUUCAACGCGGAGAGUCAUGUCUCUACUUUUUCUCGGCGUGAGAAACGCUCCAGGGAUCUGAAGCGCGUUUUCGAUGUUCGUCGCAGGGCGUCCACUCUGUUCACUCAACUAUUUCGUGACACGAGGCGAGAAGGGAGAAGGAAGUCGCCUUUUUUUGUGUAUGUGCGCCGUGCAUGUAGAGAUGCAUGCAAAGGCAUCUGGAUGAGGGAGGUGGGCAGAACAGGCAUCGCUUUCCGAGACUGUACAAGGUCCAGGUGGUAGCCUCUAGAGCGCGAUGUGCGUCGCGCGCAGAGUACGCCGCAUUGUGCAGACUCUGAAUGUCAGAAAGGCUCCUGUGUGUUGCGCGUGAGCUUGUGCUCUCUGUUCUCGUGUCACGCAGGAUGAACAUCUGAAAUGCGAACGAACUGGUUUUCCAGAAACUGUCCUCUGAACUAAAGUGUCGAAGCACGGUG